CAGGGAUGGGCAGAGAGUGAGAGACGAUGACCUCAAGCAGCAGCAAUCAAAGACAAAAAUACCCCCUGGAGAACAGCAAGACAUUGGCUCAAUUUAUGCCGUGGUGACCCCGACCCAGCGCCACCAAAGGCUCCCAACAGCUGCAGUCAAUGCAGUGACCCUGCCUCUCUUUGGCAGGCACCAGCUGGGCUCCCCAUGAUGGCACAGAGAAGCAGACUCACAGCCUCCUGCCGAGUGCACAUCCUCGUGCUUUGCUUUUUGGCACACGUAGCCACAGGUGUAGAACUGUCUGUCAAUAACUACAACGAUGACUUCACCCUGAUCACAUCGCCCGGGUCUCUCGCCUCCCUGUCCUGCGUAGCACAGAACAGAAGCCAAGCCGAGGAGCUGCGCUGGUACCGAGGAGAUGGCCAAGUGGAUCUGAAAGAUGAGAAUAAAGUGAACAUCAGCAACAUCUGCAUCUCUCCGGUCUCUGAGUCUGACAAUGGCGUUGCCUUCACGUGCAGGCUGGUACGGGACCAGUCUGUGCAGGUCUCGGUGGUCCUGGACGUCCGCUUUCCUCCCUCUGUGGGUGAAGAUCAGACCAUCAGUGUUGAAGAAGGCAAAGACGUCACUCUGUCCUGCAGUGCCAAGUCCAACCCUCAAGGCCAAACAACAUGGUACAAGAACAACGCCAUCCUGACAAUAGAAGACCACUACCAGGUGUACCAGAACAGUGAGACCUUCCAGCUCUCUAUCAAGAAAGCACAAAAGUCUGACAAUGGGACCUACACUUGUGAGGUGAAAUCUUCUUGCGGAGACAGCAGUAAGGAUAUCCACCUGAUAGUUGAAGAUAAAAAAACUGUUUUCCCCACGGAGGCUGUUAUCGCUGCUGCUGUGGUGGUUGCACUCACCGUGCUUUUUGGAAUCGUGGCUCAGAAAGACAAAAUAUUUAAGUGCUUCAAAAAAACAAAUGAUACAGCCCUGUAAAGAUGGCAGGGAAGCUUUGCAUACCCAGAAAACCCCAUUCGAAGUGGUGGCACAGCUGCACGAGAUUAGGCACCUAAACACAACUCCGGACACGAGCUUUGUGACAACACAAGCAUCAUUUCACAGCUACUGAUCGCAAUCACUGCUCAGAACGCAGACACGGGGCAGGAGGCUGAGGGACCGCCGCACCUCGUCCCACAGCCCCGAGCCUGGGAUGCCGCGCUGAUGGCGGGCCACGCAGCCUGUCUGCCUCCCCCCCCCGACCGCCCCUCGGCUUCAUUUCGGGAUUGCAUCUCACCGCCAAUAAACGCACCGUGCCAUACGUUAA